ACUAAAACUGUGCAGCUCUGUCAGUAGUGUUGACAACCCUGCCCGGGCGCAAAUGCGGAGCUAAACAAAAACCGAAAAACGUAAAAAUCAGCCAAAAACCCCAGGGGAUUACGACUAAACCAUGGACACGGAGGAAGUGAAGCGUGGUCGUGGACGUGGGCGUGGCACAAGAGCCCGUGGGAGAGGCCGUGGGCGGGGACGCGGUCGUGGCAAGAAAAUCGACGACAGCAGUAUCGCAGAUUCAGCCCUGGUAGUCACCAGUGGUGCAGCCCUGGAGGACAGUCCCAUCAGGCUGGAGCCUUCCGAGGAUUCGGUCAUGCAGGAACUGGACAAGGAGGCAGAAGUGGAGGUGGCUCCGGCCUUGGAAGAGCCCCUGCCAGGAGCACAAGGUCCACUCGCCGUCUCAGCAGACAUGACGCCACCAACGCCACAGCCACAGGCCCUGCAGCAGGUGCCACCGCCUGUUCUCAGCCAAACAAUUGACAUGGAGGCGGACAUAUCGCAGCUGGAGGCGCCCACCUUCACUACACUGUCGCGAGGACCUCCGGAGCCGAUGCUGCGCCUGAAGUGGAGCCACAAGGUGAGCCUGAUCGGCGAGAAGGUUCUCAAUCCGAUGAUCCACUGCUGCGAUCAGUGCGACAAGCCGAUCCUCGUCUACGGCCGAAUGAUACCCUGCAAGCACGUCUUCUGCCUCAAGUGCGCCCGUUCAGAGCCCAUUAAAAGCUGUCCGCGGUGCACGGACAAGGUGCUCCGUGUGGAGCAGAGUGGCUUGGGCACCGUGUUCAUGUGCACCCACGGGGGCAGUCGGUACGGAAGCUCUGGCUGCCGGCGAACCUACCUUUCGCAGAGGGACCUGCAGGCGCACAUCAAUCACAGACAUGUACAGCCACUGCCGCAGCUGGCGUCCAUGGCGGAGCAGCCCAAGAUGUCGGAUCUGGGCGGCGUCGGCCUGGGGCUGGAGUUGCACAAGCAGCGCAAGCUCUCCGAGUCGUCUCUCCCCGUAUCCGUCUCCUCCUCCUCUGCCUCCAUUGUCCGUCCCCUGUCGCGACCACUGACCGCAGUAGGAGGUGGCAUCGGUAGCAUACCGCCACCAGGAUCCUCCGCCGUUCAAAACGCCAUCCAUGGCCACUCCACGCUAACACUGGCCAAUUUGGCCAGGAUCAACAAUGCCAAUGCCCAGGACUGCCACCAGGGCAAGGCCUCGUUGCACCACAGCCUCAAGAAGGGUCCGCCCCAUCAGUCCGAAUCGGUGGCAGAUGCCUCCUACUACAGCAGCGUGCUUGCCUCCUUCGGCAGUGCGGGAGGAGGAUCGGGGGCUCCAGGCGUGCCGACCACAGGACCGCCGACUGGUCCAAACUCCACCGGAAUUGGCCCGGGUUCCCAGGUUGGUGGCUCCGCCGAGACGACAGUGGGUGGCUCGAGUGGCAACUGGCAGCAAUCGCAAUACUACAGAUAAGGGGCGGACCAAGGGGCAAUCCCAUGAGACCCACAGAAGUACACAGGGGCAGCAGUUUUUUACGCAGGCACGGCUUUUAAUUAAGUGAACUACAUGUAUGUUAAGAAGUAAAUAAUUAAAUGUAUUUUACGGGUUUAGAGAAGCCCGAAAAAUAUAAACAUAAGUUGCUCUUAUUUUUUCUUAGUUCAUUGACAGGAAAUUUAAGAAGUUAAUAAACUAAAAGACAAUCUAUCGUAAUG